AUGGCAUUGCAGGGCGCGUAUGGUCUGGAAGCCUCGUAUGCUUUGCUUGCCUAUCUCGAUCCGUCCGAUCAUCGGGCAGGCAUUGAAUUCGACCCUGUACCAUUCACGCUUGCAACCUCGCGUCCGCCCUCGCAGGGACUCGUCGUAAUCGAAUUAGGAUCAGGGACCGGCCUCGUAGCGUCUCGAUUGGCAGAUGGAUUGGUCCCUGAGAGGGAUUUGCUUCUGGCGACAGACCUACCCGAUGUCUGCACGCUUUUGGGAUCAAAUCUUGCCGCAAGUCCCGCAGCGUGUGUGUGUCCGCUGUCAUGGGGGAAUUCAGACGACGUGCGCUCCGUUGGGUCCUUGCUCGGCGUGUGCAUCUCCGCCGGCGAACUUGUGGUGUCGGCGCGAUUCCCGACGCAUAUCAUAUGCAGCGAUCUAGUAUACUUCCCUGCGCUAUUAGCGCCUCUCCUCCGGACACUAUUACACCUCACCACUACUCCCUUUCUGUCACAAAGCGGAAGUGGGCCCAUCCUCAUCAUCUCGUACAAGAUUCGGAGUCUCGCAAAAGAGACGCCCUUCUGGUCCGCGUUCGGACUCUGGUUCUCGUUCUCGCCUGUGCUUGUCAGAAAUGUAGCGAUGCAUGACUCCGACCGGACGGACCGGACGUGGAGCCGAUUCACACCCACAGCGGAUGACGACAAGACCUUUGUAUUCGUUGCACACCGUCGUGCAGAAUCAUUGGUUUGGACAGUUCCGGAAAGUGACGAGGAAUUGCUUAGAGGCGUGGGUGCAUAUGGAAAUUCAGGUAGCAAAGCGGAUGAUACAUUCGAGACAAUACUAUUGAUGACAAUGGAAUCCAUAGAUACGUAG